AUGAGCGAAUCUGAAGCCAAAGCAGGAGUAGCUACACCACCAGGUAAAUCCGAACAAGCUGCUCCAGUAGCAGCAGCAACCAGCGGUGAAAAGAAACUAUCUAAUAAGGAAUUGAAAGAAAUGAAAAAGCAGGAAAAGGCUGCAAAGAGAGCGGCACUGAAACAGGCUAAUGGUAUGUCCAUCGAGCAGCAACAACAACAAGCACAAAUCAAAAAAGAGAAAAAGCAGCUGCAACGUGAACAACAACAGAAGAGAGAACAAAAGCAAAAGAAUGCUAACAAGAAAAAGCAAAGCGGGCAAAACGUGAAGAAAAGUACCCUUUUUGGUCAUUUAGAAACCACUGAAGAAAGAAGAGCCACCAUCUUGGCGGUGACAAGUGCAGUAUCAUCUCCAAGGACUUCUAGGAUCACCGCUGCCGGGUUGAUGGUCCCCGUAGUGGCCAGCGCAUUAUCAGGAUCAAACGUAUUGACAGCUUCGUCUUUGAUGCCUACGGGCUCAAAUGCUGCCUCUACACCAGCAACUACGGCCCCCACAUCAGCGACAACGACAAUUUCCGCUUCUUCCACAGCCCUCUCUGCUGCUUCUACUUCAACGGCAACAAUCACUACAACUGCGGUACAACAAGAAAUUGCCUCAUCAAACGCAUCUGAUGUUGCCAAGACAUUGGCAUCCAUUUCAUUAGAAGCAGGUGAGUUUAAUGUCCUCCCUGGUAUAUCUUCAGUGAUUCCAGCGGCAUUGGAACAGUCGUUUGAUAGUUCCAGUUUGGUAUCAUCCGUUAAGGAACUGUUACUUAACAAAGAUCUCAUUCAUCCAUCAAUUUUAUUAUUGACUUCCCAUUUGGCACACUAUAAAAUAGUGGGAUCCAUCCCACGUUGCAUAGCUAUGCUAGAAGUUUUCCAAAUUGUUAUCAAAGACUACCAAACACCAAAGGGAACCACCUUGUCACGUAAUUUAACAAGUUAUUUGUCGCAUCAGAUCGAUCUUUUGAAGAAAGCUAGACCAUUAAGUGUCACUAUGGGUAAUGCUAUAAGAUGGUUGAAACAAGAAAUUUCGUUGAUCGAUCCAUCUACACCCGAUAAAGCAGCUAAGAAAGAUCUUUGCGAAAAGAUUGGACAAUUCGCCAAGGAGAAAAUUGAAUUGGCUGAUCAACUAAUCAUAGACAACGCCUCGACACAAAUUGAAGACUCUACUACUAUCGUCACGUAUGGCUCAUCAAAAGUCUUGACUGAGUUGCUACUUCAUAACUCUAUUGGCUUAAAGAAAAACAUUAAAAUUAUUGUUGUUGACUCGAGACCAUUAUUCGAGGGCCGAAAAAUGGCAGAGACAUUAAGAAAUGCAGGCGUCAACGUUAUGUAUGCUCUCAUUACAAGUUUAGACACGGUUUUCAACAUGGACGUGGAUUAUGUAUUCUUGGGAGCACAUUCUAUUUUAUCCAAUGGAUUUUUAUACUCAAGAGCGGGUACAGCAAUGUUGGCAAUGAGUGCUAAGAGAAGAAAUAUACCUGUAUUGGUGUGCUGUGAAAGUUUAAAGUUUUCACAAAGAGUGCAAUUAGAUAGUGUAACAUUUAAUGAAUUGGCGGAUCCGAAUGAUUUGAUUAAUAUAGAUUAUGAAAAUCCAGUGGAAAGACGUGGUAAUAAAGGUGCGUUACUAAACCAGUUCGUGAAGGAGAGGAAACUUGAAAAGAAAAAACUAGAAAUGGAAAAUAAACCAAAGGGUAAUAAGAUUGGCGGCAAGAAGGGGUCUGAAGAAGAAAAUAAAGAUGUUAAUGAUGAGGGAGAUAACGGUGAAAAAAACAUCUUGGAUGGAUGGCAAGAACUACCUUCAUUAAAUAUUGUCAACAUAUUGUAUGAUUUGACGCCACCCGAAUACAUCAAAAAGGUCAUCACUGAAUUCGGUGCUUUGCCACCUUCAUCUGUGCCUGUUAUCCUAAGAGAAUACAAAGGUUCCGCAUAG